UCAACCAUGUUAUCAACCUUGAGUAGCAUCGUGUCUGCCCGGUAUGGCAGCUUUAAUGCAGCCUGGGCUCUUGUCAUCACGUGGCGCUAUGUAGAAGCCCUCUCACCGGAUAAAAGUACCAACUCUUUCCAAGCUGUGCUUGUGACAGAUUACAUUCAUGGCUAUGUUAUUUUCAACUACGAGCGCUGCGGCAUGAACUGGAACGAAAAGCUCUUGGCAAACGACAACGUCAUCCAGGGCUUCACCUGCGGACAAUAUGGCAACAAAUUCUACCUGGACAUACCGAGUGACUUGCGUUUCCGCCCGGGAAAUAUGGUUGGAAAUACCGGGAUAUACGGGCGCUGGGUCCAGCGACUGGACAGCCUACCGGACAAUUUCGUCAAUCCCCGCUUGUUCUGUAGGAACUGGUCCAGCAGGCAGGUUGUUGAUAAUUUUAUCCUUUCCUACUGGUUUGCGACUGCUCACACUUGUCCAUGCAGUUGGUUCCAGGCAAGUGCGGACCCAAGGUGGACAUACAUUGGUUACAGUUAUUUCCUCCCAAACUCAGGAAGCACUGCUGUUUGCUAUGUCAGGACGUUUACGUUUCCUAAUACUCCGGGCCCGCUAUGCUGCUACAGCACAUGGACAUGGAGUCUUCUCCGGGGCGUCAGGAAUGCAAUAGUUGCUUCCGUCUUUGAACAUUAUCCAGUCAGUCCCUUGUUUUAUACACCUGAUCGGUUCAACCGGUGGUAUGAUCUGGAAGUAUUGCCUCGGUAUUACUGCUGUCAGGCUUCUACACUCUGCGGCUUGUACUACGCCUCCAGACCGCCCAUGGGUUGUCGGAGAUACCGACCACCAUUUUGGUUCUGGUUCUGGGGAGACCCCCACAUCAAAACCCUGGACGGAGUUGAGUACACCUUCAAUGGUCUGGGGGAAUAUACAGUGGCUCUCGUUGAAGAUGACAACGGAGGGACAAUCUUUGAACUACAAGGCCGGACACAGCGAGCUACCAAUGUAGAAAGUGGUCAACUCACGGAUGCAACUUUCUACUCUGGGUUUGCUGCAGAGUAUCCUGGAGAAGGAAGGGUUGAAGUGAAAUUAAACAAAAGGCAGAACGCCGAUGACCUGAUAACAACUGUCAAUGGAGACGUUGUCACGCCUACAACAGCAGGAUUGCUAAUUGGCAAUGUGACUGUCAAAAGGGAUGCAUCAACUAACAAAGUGGUCACCAUGUUCCCUGGCGAUAUUCAGUUUACAGUGGGAGUAAACAACAGCAUUGGAGACAUAACUGUCCAGUUUGGGCAAACAUAUAUGGGAAACACCAAAGGACUUCUGGGUGUUUGGGAUGGCGACCAAAGCAACGAUGCAACAAGACGUGACGGUACUAUACAAGCAGCCACCGGUGAAAACGGAGAGAUGAUUGAAAGUGACUUCUAUGCAUUUGGUGAAACCUGGCGUAUCACUGAAGCGAAUUCUCUCUUCUACUAUGUGGGUGACGAGACUUUUGCAUUAUCAAACGAACACUCCUUCGUGCCAAGUUUCUAUGAAGACCUUGUCGCAGCUGCAACUCCGGAAAAAUUGGCAAAGGCUCAAGAGCUGUGCGGAGACAACAAGAUGUGUUUGUUUGACACACUGGCGACAGACGAUGAAAGCAUCGGACAGUCUACAGUGAUGCUGAAUGAAAUGAAUUCUGCAAGCGAAAGUGCAGCAACCAACUAUCCACCAAACAUAACGGCUUCGGAUACCUUUAGGGUGAUGGUUGGUGUGCUAUUCACAGAACAACUGGAAGCCAUGGAUCCUGAUGGAGACGAUGUUAUAUUUUCAUUGGUGGAGCCAGUUGAAGGUGCAUCCAUCACCGAAGACGGUGGUCUCUUCACUUGGACGCCAGCGGACAAGUCGAAGGUCAUGGUUGGUUUCCUUGCAACAGAUGGCAAGGCUAAUGCAACACAUGAACCAACCGUACAGCUCUGUGACUGCAUGAACGGUGGCACGUGCCUGUGGGAUGAAUUUGUGAUGGGCACGGAUGUUGUUGAAGACCGUUUUGGGGUGGUGCUAUGCGAGUGUGAUCCUGGCUGGAGUGGUGAGUUCUGUGAAGUGGAUUACGACGCCUGUGAGGACGGCCCCUGUUUCAUGGGCGUGGCUUGUUUUGACGAAGCGCCACCGUCGUUGAACAACACCUGUGGCCCCUGCCCUGAAGGACUUGAGGGUGACGGCAGGUUCUGUCAAGAUAUUGACGAGUGUGAGCUGUACCAAGACGAGCCAGCCAGCAGUGGUGGACGCGGCUGCGAUCAGAUCUGCAACAACCUCCUCAUGGACUACAACUGCAGCUGUGAAUCUGGCUACUCCUUGUACAUUGACAACAGGCGAUGCAUUGAUAUCGACGAAUGUGAAAUGGACCUGCACAACUGCAGCGUCAACGCCGUGUGCAACAACACCAAGGGCAGCUACGAGUGUGACUGUAAACCAGGCUUCAGAGACGACUUCAUGGAUGGAACGUCGUGUACAGACCUCAUGGAAUGCAUGGACAAUAGUAGCUACACUUGCGACGAGAAAGCUAAGUGUGAAAACACCAUCGGCUCGUACCUGUGUGUGUGCAUUGCGGGAUAUGAAGGUGAUGGCAAGACAUGUCAAGAUCUGAAUGAAUGCACAAGGAACCUGGAUGAUAACUGUCAUGCUGAAGCCGAUUGCACAAACACCGUGGGGUCAUACACGUGUGCGUGUGGGGAUGGCUGGACUGGCGAUGGCACCAACUGCACCAAUGUAGACGAAUGUGCCGCAUCGUUACCAGUCUGUCAUGAGAACGCUGAAUGUACGGACACUCAAGGUAGCUUUACAUGCCAGUGCAACACUGGUUAUGUUGGCAACGGAAUGAUGUGUGCGGAUUUGAAUGAGUGUACCACUGGUCAGGACGAUUGUUUGGCCGUUACUGGUGAUUGCAGCAACACAGUGGGUAGCUUUGACUGCAGCUGUAAGGAUGGAUAUACUGGGGACGGUCGGACAAACUGUACAGAUAUCGAUGAGUGUCAGGGAAACAAUGAUUGCUCGGCGAACGCUAAUUGCACCAACACUGUGGGCAGCUAUCAGUGUAACUGUGUUACUGGAUACACAGGGGACGGACAGACCUGCGAAGACAUUAACGAAUGCACUCUUGGACUUGACGACUGCCAGCAAGAGUGCUCCAACACCGAGGGAUCAUUUGCUUGCAAUUGUAGCACUGGAUUCACCCUUCGAGACCGAGUUUGUCAGGCUGAAAUGGUGUGUUCGGAUACAAAUUGCACCCAGGGUGACUGUUACAGAGCCAGCAAUACAGACAUGUGCCUCUGCUACCCAGGAUACGCAAUCAAUGGUGAUAUCACUGUCUGCGAAGAUAUUGAUGAGUGCACAAGCCAGAGUGACCCUGACAUGUGUGGUGCCAACUCGAUGUGUGAUAACCUGGAAGGCAGUUACGAGUGUCGUUGUUAUCCCGGUUACACUCUCAAUAGUGACCAACGGACCUGUUCAGAUGUGAAUGAAUGCCAAGCCGGUACUCAUAACUGCGAUGCUAUGAGCCAGAUGUGCGUCAACGAUGAACCCUACUUCACUUGUGACUGCAAGCCUGGCUUCAGCAGCGAGAGUUUCAACGGAUCCUGCUCAGACGUCAACGAAUGUUUGAAUGACACCUUGAAUGAUUGCCACAUCGACGCUGACUGCCUGAACAAUAACGGUUCCUUCACCUGCCAAUGCAAAGACGGAUUUACUGGCACCGGACAGCUAUGCUUUGAUAUUGAUGAAUGUUCCUUGCCCACCGACGACCCGAACUAUGCCAACUGCAGUCCCUUCGCAUCGUGCACCAACCUGGCGGGCUCAUUCCAAUGCAACUGCACCAUGGGAUACGAAGGGGGUGGGCAAACUUGCCAAAAUAUCAACGAGUGUGAGAGUGGGAUCUCCGCGUGCGCUACCAACAGCACCUGCACGGACAACUUAGGCAGUUAUCUCUGCACGUGCGACGAUGGUUUCCGUGGUGAUGGCUUCACCUCGUGCGUCAACAUCAAUGAGUGUCAGGAGAACCCUGGCGUGUGUCACUCCUUAGCGACGUGCACAGACACCGAGGGAGCAUCGUGCAACUGUAACCAGGGUUACCAAGGAAAUGGCACAUAUUGUGAAGAUGUGAAUGAAUGCAUGACCGGUGCUGAUGAGUGUGCAGCUGACAUUGCUGAGUGUAUGAACAAUGUCGGUAGCUACAUGUGUUCCUGCAUAGGUGGUUAUGUCUCUGCAGGCUUCCCAACUGGUAGACAGUGCGAUGAUGUUGAUGAGUGUGCGCUGAAUCUUGACAACUGCGAUACAUCGGUGUCGCUAUGUAACAACACUGUCGGUAGCUACAUGUGUGACUGCAAGGAGGGGUAUGAAAAGAAUGAAUUGGGCCAGUGUGAAGAUGUGAACGAAUGUGAUGGGACUCCAUGUACGAUGGCCAACUCAAUGUGCGCUAAUCUGCCAGGGACGUAUGAGUGCAACUGCAUGUUAGGAUUCUAUCAACAAGAGUCAGAAUGUCUGGCGGCUUAUUCAAAAGAGGCAUCUGCCGUGUUUGAAAUCAUCAGUGGCUUGGCUGUGGACGGUGCUGGAUUUAAUCUGGCAACAGGCUCCGUCACAUAUCGCCAGGAAUUGAAGAAUUCGAUGGAGGCAGCCUUCGGAGAUUCUUCUUUGAGUAGUUCCUUCAGGGAUGUAGUCAUCACAGACUUGACGCUGAGCUCGGACUCAACAACAGCUUUACUGACGUUGGUUAUCAACUUCCAAAGUGGCUCCACGCACUCGGAUCUAGAGAUCAUCAUGGCAUUGCUUGGCCAGCUGACGGGUAGCAAUGGGGGUCAGCUGGCUCCCAACCACCAGCUGAUCAAACGGACGUUCAUUAUCGGUGACCCCAAGUGUGAUGCGACGCCCUGCAUUAACAGUGGUGAGUGUGUUGAGGACAACUUGGCCACGGGAGGAUACACGUGCAGCUGCCCACCGGGCUACAGCGGACAAAACUGCCAAGUCGAACCAUGUGACGUCAACCCUUGUAUGAACAGUGGGAAUUGUGCAGUUAACUCUUCAUCAGACACUGGCUACACCUGUACAUGUGGUCAAGGAUUCAGCGGCCCGCGGUGUGAAACGAUGGCACCUUGUCAAAUGGGCAACGACUGCGUAAACGGAGCAACUUGCAUCAACGAUCUGAACACUGCUCGCGGGUACACCUGCAGCUGUGACGUAGGGUUCAUGGGAGAAAACUGUGAAAUAGUAUGUAAGCUGUCAUGUGUGAAUGGCGGAACACUGGAUCUUGCAGCGUGCACAUGUACCUGUGCCGACAACUGGGAUGGACUAAACUGUAGCGCUUGCACAUUGGACUGCAUGAAUGGUGGUAAUUUGAAUGAGGCGACAUGUCAGUGCACAUGCAUAAACGAUUGGAGUGGAACGACCUGUACUGUCUGUAGUUUAACUGCCGAUAGCUGUCAGGAAGGAGAGAAUCUGUUCACCAGUACUUGUCAAUGCUCAGGUUGCCCAUCCACCUGUUUCAAUAAUGGAGUGCAGGAUCAGAAUUGCCAGUGUACAUGUGACAGUGACCAGAACUGGACAGGGGAUUACUGUUCCGAUUGUACGUUACAAUGCGAAAACGGUGCACAGCAGAAUAGUCAGACCUGUGAAUGUCCAUGCACAGGUAACUGGAUGGGAACAACUUGCUCUGAUUGCCCUUUGACCUGUGCAAAUGCUGGGAAUGUUAACAUUGGGAAGUGUCAGUGUACAUGUGCCGGUAGCUGGACUGGAACCACCUGCUCUGACUGCCCACUUAUCUGUCAAAAUGAUGGCACGUUGAAUGACGGAGCAUGUCGGUGUCAAUGCGAUCAAAACUGGAUGGGAGUUACCUGCUCUGACUGCGAGUUGAAUUGCAUGAAUGGCGGAACUCUCAACACUGCUACUUGCCAGUGUUCAUGUGCCCAGAGCUGGACUGGAACUGACUGUUCAGAUUGCCAGCUGUCUGCAUCAAGUUGCACGAAUGGAGGUGAAUUUGAUGCAAACUUCUGCGAGUGUCUUUGUCCGUAUGAUUUUUCAGGACCAACUUGUUCGGCUGCCAGUCCGUGUUCGUCCGGCAACCCUUCAUGCUCAGAGAGUGCAACAUUUUGUCAACCGGCUACCAACGCUGCCGGCUACACAUGCCAAUGCAACGGUUAUGAAGGAUUCUUCACUAACAAUAAUGGUUCAUGUACACAACGCGAGACACUCUACUUUUUCAUAGAAAUAGAUUUGCUUUUCGUCAGUGCCUACGGUAACCCAUCAUCCUCUGCAUGGAAACAACUUGCCACGAGGCUUAAUGCAGCGAUCAUGAACAAACUGCGGGGAGAUACUUCCACCAGCAAUGUGAUUGCGGUACAAGUUCUGAGCUUCAAAGAAGGCAGUGUGGUUGCACUCACGGCAAUAGCAUUCCAAGGGCAACCACCAUCGACGAAUGUUAUCAGCAAUGUGAUAGGAGCGGGUGACACACUUAACGAUGGGUCGGGAAACAUUCCGCUUGUCCCGAACUCUGUCAGUAACACAUCCAUGCCAUCGAAUUGCAUGCAGGGAGAUUGUAUGAAUGGCGGAACAUGCGAGAGGUCAGGAUUCUCCCCUCAGCUAACUUGCAGUUGUCCUGCAUCAUUUACUGGAGAGCGUUGUGAGACUCAAGUUGUAACCACGUCACCACCAGGUGGUGAUGUGUCGCCUCUAGCUACAGUUCUCAUCAUAGUCGGAUGUGUUGUUCUCCUGCUGGCCAUAGCAGGAAUAGUCAUGUGUUGUUGCAUGCUGAUGAGGCGUCAAUACCAAAUUAAGAGUCAAAUCUACCAUCAGUCAGGUAGACAGUUCCAAGCAAGUAGAGAACCCUUCGACUUUGAAGAUCGCAGAGAUCGCAGUCUGUCCUCUGACGAAAGCUACAGUGUAGCUGACUACAGGGAGGAAGAAAGGAGGAUGAAUCGUCUCGCUCAUGUCAUGAGCCAGUCACCUUACCUACAGUCUAUGCAGAAUCGCCCAGACUUCAUCCGACCAUACAUGGUGACUGGCAACGAGGCAUUUGAACGUUACCGAGAAAACGAAGCGCGUGAUGGAGGGGAUGUUGCAGGCCGCGUGGUGUACAAUCCCGCCCUCUACUACUAAACCUCGUCAUUGGCCACAGCUUCCAUUGCUGCAAAUGCAACUCUGCGACAAGUAAUGCCCAUGAGAUAAGACUGAACGACUAAGCGGAGGAUUGCAGCUUUACCAUGAUUACCAGUUCCACAGUUAUCCAUAUUCUAGUGUAGAAUGAAUCCUCACACAUACUGCAUUCACCCAAUUUGGUACCGUGUCUCUCCCCAUCUUAUUCUUGAUUUGAGGUGUUUUCUUGGUUCUUGUAGGAGAAGACAAAGCAAACACCCAUUUUCAAAACUAACCUCUUAAAAAACUAUCUCAGUUGAAACUUGUUUUGAAUCCAGCGAAGCAUGUUUGUUUUAUACCCCUACUUUCAUGAUUUUAAUUUCGUACACUCAUCCCCACCAGAGGGGGGCAUUCAUUGAUGUUAAAUAAAACUGCACAUUCAAUACUUUGUGGUUGGCUUCAUCACUAAUUAUAUGGAGAUAAAAUACAUUGUGUUAAUAUGAUCUGAAACUUCUCAGCACCCUUAUUAUUAUGGCCCAGCCUCAUACACUACUGUACAUGUAUUUCAUAUUUUUUUGUGGGUAACCCACUGAACUUCUACACAGUCUUGGAUGGAACUGUUCAGUGAUUUUGGUAAAGCAGCUGUUAUUUUAGUUCUUUGUUUAUUCAUUGGUGUAUUUAAUCCAUAAUAUGGGUACGAGGUAAAUAAAUGUAUGUCUUUCAUUUUUAAACAUAAAACAGUUUUUAGGCUGUUUUAACAAGUUAUAUGCUGCUUUGUAUUUUGAUCAGCUGUUAGUUACACCAUUUUAUAAUCUGUUUGGUAUUGUAUUUUAUUAGUGAGCGGAUGGAAAAAUGUAUAGUAGACUGAACGACUGAGCGAAGGAUUGCAACUUGACCAUGAUAACCAGUUCCACAGUUAUCCAAUUUCAUGUAGAGGAUUUAUCCGAUUUGGUACUGUGUGUCUCUCUCCCCUAUUCUUGAUUUGAGCUUUUUUUAGGA